GAGGAGCUGUGCCUCGGUCAGCGGACAUAUAAGGCUGACUAACAACACUCCAGCAACAGUUCCCAGUCUCUCGAUACUAGAUUCUUCUGAACAAUGCAUUCUCUUGUCUUCUCUGCUGUUAUCUGCAUCGUCGCGGCGGACGGCUUCGGAGCGCACCCUCCUCCAAGCAACGGCUAUGCGCCCCCAAGUAACACCUAUGGCACGCCCAACGGCGCCUACGGAGUAGACCCUGAGAUCGCCGCUUUGGCCGAGAACAUUCCAGGGGGCGGCGUCCCCGGCGAGGACUACCCCAUCUUGGCUUCCGUGCCCGACACCGGCUUCUCCUGCGAUGCCCAGGCGGUGCAAGGUUAUUACGCCGACACUGCAGCUGAAGCCGGCUGCCAGGUGUUCCAUAUCUGCCAGGACCGCGCCCUCAGGCGCCAACAGGACUCCUUCCUGUGCCCCAACGGUACCAUCUUCAACCAGCAGUACCUGGUAUGUGACUGGUGGUUCAACGUGGACUGUUCUCAAGCUGAGAGCUUCUACUCCGUCAACGAGCUCAUCGGAGUCGUUCCCAAUGCUGGCUAUGCUUAUGCUGCCGCCACCAAUGGUCUUGCCAUUGGCAAUGGCAACGGUUAUGGAAAUCGGAAAUGAAUAGCGAUAGAAACGGCAGCUUCUUUUAGCAAAUUUUGCAAUGGCAGGUGCGUAUAGUUACAUGAUAAUUUGCUUAACAGAUUAAGCAAAUUUACGACAUAUGUUUAAUUUGUAUCAUAUGUUAUAUUUAUUCUUAAUAUCUAUUCGCGAAAUAAAAUGAAAACUUAC